CCUGCCGCGCCGCCUGGCUGUGAGAGAAGGAGCCCGGGCGGGGGCUCGGGGGCUCCGCGCUGCGCCCCGCUGCCGUGGCGGCCCCCCCUAUGGUGCGCCCCGAGGAUGGCGAAGAGACCGCGCAGUGAGGAAGAUGAUGACCUUCAAUAUGUGGAUCAUGACUAUGAAGUACCACAGCAAAAAGGUUUGAAGAAGAUAUGUAACAGGGUGAAAUGGACACGUGAUGAGGAUGAAAGACUAAAGAAGCUGGUGGAACAAAAUGGUACAGAUGAUUGGGCUUUCAUUGCUAGUCAUCUACAAAAUCGUUCAGAUUUUCAGUGCCAGCAUCGAUGGCAGAAGGUACUAAACCCAGAAUUGAUUAAAGGUCCCUGGACUAAAGAAGAAGAUCAGAGGGUUAUUGAAUUAGUUCAGAAGUAUGGUCCAAAGCGCUGGUCUCUAAUUGCAAAACACCUGAAAGGAAGAAUAGGCAAGCAAUGCAGAGAGAGAUGGCAUAACCAUCUCAAUCCUGAGGUAAAAAAGUCUUCAUGGACAGAAGAAGAGGACAGAAUAAUCUAUGAAGCUCACAAGCGUUUGGGAAACCGAUGGGCUGAAAUAGCAAAACUCCUUCCUGGAAGGACUGAUAAUUCAAUUAAAAAUCACUGGAAUUCAACAAUGCGAAGAAAGGUGGAACAGGAAGGAUAUUUACAAGAUGGUAUAAAGUCUGAAAGAGCUAGUUCAUCCAAACUUCAGCCCCAACCUUGUCUGACUAUGGAACACUUGCACACUGAGAAUCAAUUUUACAUACCUGUUCAGACACAUAUUCCAGCAUACCAGUAUGCCUCACCAGAAGGCAGCUGUCUAGAACAUGCUUCAGCUUCUUCCAACUUAGUUCAGCAGUCAUUUAUUGAUGAUGAUCCUGAUAAAGAAAAGAAAAUAAAGGAACUUGAAUUGCUACUUAUGUCAGCAGAGAAUGAAAUCAGAAGAAAACGAGUGUCUUCUCAAGUUUCCAGCAACUUACCUUGUUGGUCUGGAAGUUUUGUCACGGAAGAUUGUGUGUCUAAUACACUAAAUAGCUUUGGGGAACAAACAAGUGAGUUCUACAGCAUGGAUGAGACCCACGGCACAUCUGUUCAGCAGAAUUCACCACCUAAGUAUUUGGCUGUGGAAGCAAAUACAAUGUUAUCAUCUCUACAAACCAUUCCAGAAUUUGCAGAGACUCUAGAGCUUAUUGAAUCUGAUCCUGUAGCAUGGAGUGAUGUCACCAGUUUUGAGCUUUCAGAGGCUGUUGCAUCUCCGGUCAAGCCAGCUCCAGUAAAACUAAUGCGGAUUCAACACAAUGAAGGGGCUGCUGAGUGCCAGUAUAAUGUCAGCGUUGUGCUCGAUGGCAAAAAACACAGUAGCAUCAGUGGCGAGGAAGAAGCAGUUUUUCCAGCAACCCCAAACUUAACUAAAUUCAGCACUCCACCUACUAUCCUAAGAAAGAAAAAGAGAUUGCGUGUUGGGCAAUCACCAGUUAAUGAACUGAAUGAUGGCUUGUGUAAUGAUGCCAUCAAUGUUGCACUAAAGCACACACCAGUGAAAACACUACCAUUUUCUCCAUCACAGUUUUUCAACACUUGCUCUGGAAAUGAACAAUUUAACCUUGAAAAUCCUGCAUUUACAUCGACUCCAAUCUGUGGGCAGAAAGUUCUUAUUACGACUCCCCUACACAAGGAAAUGACACCAAAAGAUCAAAAGGAAAAUGUGGGUUUUAGAACUCCCACAAUUAGAAGAUCUCUUUUGGGUUCAACACCAAGGACGCCAACUCCUUUUAAAAAUGCUUUGGCUGCUCAGGAAAAAAAGUAUGGUCCCCUCAAACUUACGUCACAACCACUUGCCUUCUUGGAGGAAGACAUUAGGGAAGUUUUGAAAGAGGAAACUGGAACAGAUAUAUUUCUCAAGGAGGAAGAUGACACUGUGUAUAAAAGCUGCAAGCAGGAGCACAACUCUUCUAAAAAAGUCAGAAAAUCACUGGUCCUGGAUCCCUGGGAAAAAGAAGAGGUUGGUGCCCAGCUCUUCACAGAAGAUAGUAGUUUAGAUGUACAGUCAGAAAAUGCAUAUACCACAUCUUUAUUAAUGAUACCAUUGUUGGAAGUACAUGACAACAGAUGUAACCUGACAUCAGAAAAACAGGAUACAAAUCCAGCAAACAAAGCAAAUGCAGUAAUUAAGAAGAAACUGAAUGCAUGUGCUUCAAAAAAUGUCAAAAUGGAGAAAGCUCUUCAGUCAAAUUGUGAAUGGGAAGCAGUUGUUUAUGGAAAAACAGAAGACCAGCUUAUCAUGACUGAACAAGCAAGAAGAUAUCUGAGCACAUACACAGCUACCAACAGCACUUCCAGGGCUCUGAUACUGUGAUGGUCACUGCAACUGACAACCAUCUCUUUCCAUUGAAACUGACACAAUGUUGAAGGUGAUUCCAGCACAAUACUUGUGAAUUCAGUCUUUACUUUGAGACAGUCUGCCAAGGGAAACCUUAAAGCUACCUUAAAGCUUCCUUUCUUUUUUUGACUGACAAAGAACAGACAUGAAGCGCUUGUAUUCUCUGCAAAGGGAUAGUACAAACAGUUCUGCAAUGAAUUUCUUAAAUAUUAAAAAAGUAACACCCUAAAAUAUGAUAAAGAAUGGUAAAAUACAUUGCAGUACUGACAACAUACAGUUUUUAGGUCUAUUUUUCAUAUUUAUUCUUUUGACUUGCAUCGCUUUUUUUCUGUUAGUGCAUUUUCAAUAUAGAGUAGGUUUAUAGGUUGUUACUGGUUUCCAAAUGAGCAACAUACAUGACUGAAUGUGCUUUUGCUUAUGUAGCAUUUUUCUAGUAUAUAAAGAAACACAAUGGAAAGGAGUGUAAAGGAAGGAUAGAAAGUUGCACUACUAAUUUUUUUGGUAUGCUGCAAAACAAUGAAAUUAACUACAGUGUUAAAUAUAUUUAUUUGCAAAUGGUACUAGAAGUAGGCAGAGGAGGGUGAAUUAGGUUUUAGUGUAAAGCAUCAGUAUUUUCUUCAUAAAUCUCAAAAUGAGAUGAUUGUUGAAUGUAUUGUACAGUAUGUAGGAACAGGGAAAAUUUUGUAAAUUGGAAAGGAGUCUGUUUUUAUAAUUUAUUUUCAUUUUAAAGCUUAAAUGUAGAUAUUUAUAUGUAUGCAGGUUGUCUAGAAGCCAACGUUGUUUCCUGUUAAAACAGCUAAAAUGAAAAAAGGACAAGUUUAAAGUAUGGAAUAGCAGAAGAAUUACAGUGGUGAAGUGUACAAAUCUAUACUGUAUGUUACAUCUACAUAAAGAUUGCACUAUAACCCUUAAAUCAUGUUGGUCUACAAAAUAAUUACAAGGUAUACUUAUAUUAUACAGCAGCUGUUCCUGUACCUUGUUUAAAUAUAUUUAGAAAGGAAUGGUGAGGUCCUAUAUGUGACCCAGGAGUACU